AUGCGUGAGAUUUCGGGCUCGCCUCGGUUAUCAGGACCUGUCGGAGGCAGAAACUGGGUGCUCUGCGAGGACGAUGCGAGCCCCGUGUGGCGCACGGCGCUUGAGUUGGGCGCUUGGGCCGGGAUGCCCGCCAGCGAUGUGCGGCUGCGCCACAAAAAUUGGGGCUAUGCCGCUCCAGUUCAGCCUCGUGGCUGGGCUGAGAUCGUUUUUGAAGCUAUCAUGGUACAAACACCCCCUCGCGUAUCCUUCAUGGUUUUAUGUAGGAUUAGAAUUUCAAACCUCAAGAUCCCUUAUUGA